GGGAGCUGUAUUCAACGGAGAAGCAGCCACUCUGGCUCUUUCCUCCCCAAAUAAUGUUGUUCUCUUUUGCCGGUGGCGUCUCCGGGAUAUCAGUGCAGCCUUCGCCGCUUGGUGUUCCUCAGUGACCGGGUUGCACUCUCCAGGACCACUGAGGAGACAACGUGGGACGUUGGGGGCUAUCCCAGUGUGUGUGUGUGCGCGCUGCCCAGCCAGUUUCGCGGAGUGAGAAAAGAAGGAAGAAGGGACUGACACUUGAGUCAUCGUCCCCGCUGCUUUUGAGUGCUCCCUGUUUCCAUUUAUUUGCCCCCCCCUCCCCUCCCCUCCCCUCCCACCCUCACUUGCACCUUGAGGAACUUUCAAUGUAUCUCAAUGGCAGGAGCACAGCCUGGGGUCCACGCUCUGCAGCUCAAACCCGUCUGCGUGCCUGAGAACUUAAGGAAAGGGAACAAAUUUAUGAAAUGGGAUGAUGACUCCACAACUGUAACUCCCAUUACCUUGAAAGUGGAUCCACUGGGGUUGUUCCUUUACUGGACAGAUCAAAAUAAGGAGACAGACCUGCUGGAAAUCAGCCUUGUCAAGGAUGCCAGGACUGGGAAGUAUGCAAGAAAUCCCAAGGACACCAAGCUCCGGGAGUUGUUGGAUGUUGGAAAUCAGGGAAGUCGUCUGGAGAACAGGAUGGUGACGGUGGUUUACGGUCCUGACUUGGUCAACAUUUCUUAUCUCAAUUUCAUGGCCUUCCAGGAAGAUGCAGCAAAGGAAUGGACUGAUGCUCUAUUCAACCUGGCAACCAACCUGCUGGCACAGAACCGGUCAAGGGACACCUUAUUACACAAAGUGUACACCAAGCUGAGGCUUCAAACAAACCAGGAUGCCCGGAUCCCUGUCAAAAACAUUUUCCGUUUGUUUUCUGCCGACCGAAAGAGAGUAGAAACUGCAUUGGAUGCUUGUGGGCUUCCUUCAGGCAGGAAUGACUCCAUUCCUCAAGAAAAUUUCACAGCUGAAGUAUUCCGAGCGUUCUUGAAUAAUAUUUGUCCUCGGCCUGAAAUUGACAGCAUCUUUUCAGAAUAUGGUGCGAAGAGCAAGCCAUACCUAUCAGUGGACCAGAUGACAGACUUCAUCAAUUCUAAGCAGAGAGAUCCACGUUUGAAUGAGAUACUCUAUCCUCCCAUGAAACAAGAACAAGUGCAACAGCUCAUUGAGAAGUAUGAGCCAAAUGACAACCUUGCAAAGAGAGGUCAGAUUUCAAUUGAUGGCUUCAAGAGAUAUUUGAGCGGCGAUGAGAAUGGAGUGAUUCCACUUGAGAAAUUGGAUCUGAGUGAAGAUAUGACUCAACCUUUGUCCCACUAUUUCAUCAACUCCUCACAUAAUACCUACCUCACAGCCGGACAGCUGGCUGGGAACUCUUCCGUUGAAAUGUACCGCCAAGUCCUCUUGGCAGGAUGCCGGUGUGUCGAGCUGGACUGCUGGAAGGGGCGUUCUACUGAAGAAGAACCAGUUAUCACUCAUGGAUUUACAAUGACAACCGAAAUAUUAUUCAAGGAAGUAAUUGAAGCUAUCGCUGAGUGUGCUUUCAAGACUUCUCCAUAUCCAGUGAUUCUUUCUUUUGAAAACCAUGUUGACUCUCCCAAACAACAGGCAAAAAUGGCAGAGUACUGCAGGUCGAUAUUUGGUGAUGCGUUGCUAAUAGAAGAUCUGGAAAAAUACCCGCUUGAGUCAGGCGUUCCCCUUCCAAGCCCACAAGAGAUGAUGGGCAAGAUUCUUAUUAAAAACAAGAAGAAAGCUCACAAAUCUUCCGAUGGUAGUGCCAAAAAGAAGCUGUCAGAGCAAGCAUCAAAUACAUACAGUGACUCAUCCAGCGUUUUUGAACCCUCUUCUCCAGGUGCAGCCUCAUCCAACCACGAGGAGCCAGACGUAACCCAACAGUCCAGUGCGGAUGGAGCAGAAAAACCUGUGGAAAAAUUAGGGAAGGAGGUGGUGGAGCAGAAGGCAGUUGGCAGAAAAUCAAUAGGUGAAGGAGAUGCAGAGAGUGAAGAGGACGAUGAUGAUGAUGAAGAUUCUAAAAAAUCUUCAAUGGAUGAGGGAACUGCUGGAUGUGAAGCAAAUGCCACAGAGGAAAUGUCCAAUCUGGUUAACUACAUUCAACCUGUAAAGUUUGAAUCCUUUGAGGUGGCAAAGAAGAAUAAUAAGAGUUUUGAAAUGUCAUCUUUUGUGGAGACAAAGGCUCUGGAACAGUUGACCAAAUCUCCAGUGGAAUUUGUGGAAUACAACAAGCGACAGCUUAGUCGCAUUUAUCCCAAGGGAACCCGGGUGGAUUCUUCCAAUUACAUGCCUCAGGUAUUCUGGAAUGCUGGAUGUCAUUUGGUGGCCCUGAACUACCAGACUGUUGACCUGCCUAUGCAGCUGAACAUGGGGAUGUUUGAACACAAUGGGAAGAGUGGCUUCCGCCUGAAGCCGGAGUUCAUGAGACGAACGGACAAACACUUUGAUCCUUUCACUGAGAGCACAGUUGAUGGGAUCGUGGCCAACACCCUUUCAGUGAAGGUUCUCUCUGGUCAGUUUCUUUCUGAUAAGAAAGUUGGGACUUAUGUGGAGAUUGACAUGUUUGGUUUACCUGUGGACACGAGACGAAAAGCUUUCAAAACUAAAACUUCACAAAAUGCAGUGAAUCCAGUCUGGGAAGAUGACCCUAUUGUGUUUAAAAAGGUUGUGCUGCCAUCAUUAUCUUCCUUGAGGAUUUCUGUCUAUGAAGAAGGAGGUAAAUUUAUAGGUCACAGAAUACUGCCCGUACAAGCUAUUCGUCCAGGCUACCGCUAUAUCUGUCUGAGGAAUGAACGGAAUCUCCCACUGACGCUCCCUGCAAUCUUUGUUUAUAUCGAGGUUAAGGAUUAUGUCCCUGAUACCUUUGCAGAUGUGAUUGAGGCUCUGUCUAAUCCAAUUCGAUAUGUGAAUCUGAUGGAACAGAGAGCUCAACAGCUUGUGGCUCUUACUCUAGAGGAUGAGGAAGAAGAAAAGAAAGAUGCUGAGCCUGGUGACGUUCCCACAGAACCGAAUGCUGAACCGAAGCCAGCUCCAGCAGAGAACGGUGUGAGUCCCACACCUGGUCUAACACCCAAACCCCCCACACAAGCCACCCACAUUCAACCAGCCCCAGCUGCAGUUAAAACAACUGGUAAGGCAGAAGAUCUUGUUCAAAGCGUCUUGUCAGAAGUGGAAGCCCAGACCGUGGAAGAGUUGAGACAACAAAAGGCAUUUGUGAAACUUCAAAAGAAACAUUACAAAGAAAUGAAGGAGUUGGUGAAGAAACACCACAAGAAAACCACUGACUUGAUUAAAGAACACACUGCAAGAUCCAGCGAGUUUCAGAAUGAGUACUUAAGACGUAGGGUAGUUCUGGAAAAAUCAGCAAAGAGAGAUGGCAAGAAACGGUCUGAAUCAGCAAGUCCAGAUCAUGCAAGCUCAACUAUCGAGAAAGAACUUUCUGCCCUUGAUGCAGAAAUGACACAGAAAUUAGCAGAGCUCAAGGAACAACAGCAACAACAGUUGUUGAACCUGAGACAGGAGCAGUAUUACAGUGAAAAAUAUCAGAAGCGAGAGCAUGUUAAACAGCUGGUACAAAAGCUCACAGAGGUCGCUGAGGAAUGCCAGACCAACCAGUUAAAGAAGCUGAAAGAACUCUGUGAAAAGGAGAAGAAAGAAUUGAAAAAGAAAAUGGACAAAAAGCGUCAGGAGAAGAUCAGCGAGGUGAAAUCAAAAGACAAAAACCAAAUGGAGGAGGAAAAGACCGAAAUUAUUAGAUCUUACAUACAUGAAGUAGUGCAGUCUAUCAAAAGGUUGGAAGAUGGCCAAUCCAAGAGGCAAGAGAAACUGGUGGAUAAGCACAAAGAAGUGCGUCUGCAAAUUCUGGAUGAGAAACCAAAGCUACAAAGUGACCUUGAUCAAGAAUACCAAGAUAAGUUUAAGAGGCUGCCUCUGGAAAUCCAGGAGUUUGUACAGGAUACAUUAAAAGGAAAAUUCAGUGAAGAUGGAGACCACAGUGCUCCACCUCCCUCCCAACCUCCAGAUGAUGGGAAACUUAACCACAAAUCCCCAAAUGAAAAUGAUAUGGAAGACAAGUCAGAUAAAGUGUUUGAUACUUCACUUUAAUAAGCAGAUCCCAUCUUUAAGCUUAAUUAAUCUAUUACAUUUUUUUAAAGAAUUGCUACAUACAGGAUGUAGACAAGAGAAUAACCACUUGGUCACAUGUUUGUGCCAUGGACAAUCUUCAAAAAAGUAGUCAGGACUGUGUGUGUGUGUGUGUGUGUGUGUGUGUGUGUGUGUGUGUGUGUGUGUGUGUGUGUGUGUGUGUGUGUGUGUGUGUGUGUGUGUUCAAGUGCCAGUGCAAAACUAAUUGUACAGCACUACACAUUUCAUUUGAAAACCAUCAAAAAGAAACUUGAGAUUUACAGUACUUAAUUGGCAAAAUUCAACAGCCACAUAUUCAUAACACUGCAUGUUUGCACUGUGUUGCAAGAAACCUUUGCUUUAAGCUGCAAGCACAGGUUUGCCAUUGUCUGUGUUGUAUACACAAGUACAUUUACCUAAGUAAUUGUACAUUGCUGCAUACUUUAACUUCAGCAUUGCUGAAUUAAGAAUGCUGCUUAAUAUAAUGGAAGUUUUGGUUGUGCAAUUCUAAAACUUUCUGUAUAGCUUUGUGAAGUAUAUUAAAAGGGAAACACGUUUCAGGGAUGCAUGCUUGGUGGAAAUAAUGUGGUUAUCACUGUGGAUACUUUAAAAAUAUAGUUGUAAGGAGCAGUAUUGUUGUGCAGUUUGUGCUGUAAUGUAUUUUGAGGUAGCUUUGCAGGGUUAAAAUGUGUAAUUGCCUUCUGUGUAUGAAGUACAGUUACAUUGAUAUCACAGUUUUCUAAACCAAUGUUACUAUUACACGUUAAUGUAAGUGAUGUAACUGAAAGUCCUGAUAUCCAACUGCACAAUCAAAAUAUGUAACUUGUUACACAUCUAAGUUUUUUUUUGUACAAGUGGCUGUAAAUAACUCGAAGGGAAAAAAACUGCAAGCAAGUCAUUGUUCUGAUGUGGACAUAUGCACUUUGUGAAUGAAAUUUUAAUUUCAAAAUUAAACACUGAAAAUGCGAUAUUACUGAUGAUUUACUUAACACUGGUAACUAUACAAGCAUCUUUAUGGCGACAAGUCAGCUAAGCAGUCUGUGCAACCUGAGCUCUUUGGCAUUAUUCACUCUAUGGCCAUGUAUCCAGUACAAGAUAGACAGAAGUACUAUAACAGUUGAAUUAGCUGGAAACAAAUCAAGAUUUGAGAAAAUAUUUUACUGCAAAACUAUUUCAAUUCAUAGUGGUUGUCAAACCAUAUAUUGAAUAAAGCUAAAGGCUCUGGUAUUUCCAUUGCAUUCAGUGCAUACAAUUAUUAAGUGAAAACAUUUCUUUGCCAUUAUUUGCAGUAUUUGUCUAAUAUGAUGUUUUAGUAAAACAUUUAAACAUCUCUUUAUUUUUAUACGAUUUAACUUGCUAUUUUAAGGAAAACCCCACCAAUGCUGGGGCUAGCCAUUAAAUGCUCAAUUUACAAAAGAAGCAUUUCUCAUUUUUUUUUAACUUUUUAUUGGUUUUAACAAUGUGACAGAUUAUUGCAAAAAUAGAAAUUCAUGGUUUUGUUUAUUCUAUAUUACCCUAUGGUUUUCAACUUUUACCAGAAGAUUGUUUGUCUGUGUGUAUGUGUGUACCCACAUGUGUAUGUAUACAUAUGAUGUAUAUAAUACAAAAAUACAUAACCACAGGCUUUGUUUGUUGUUUAACGUUACUUGAAUUAGUUUGUUGAAUUUUAAAAAUCUAAGAAGGGGUCUAUAUGAUGUGAAAGUCUUGUGCCUUUAAAGUGUUUGCCUUGUUCUGUAUCUAUCUAAAUAGAAUAUUCAAAGUAUUGUGGAACUAUUAUUGGCUGUUCUGUCCUGAACUAGAAUGUACAUGUAUUUCAUGUGACAACUGCAAACAUGACAGCUUGUGUUCAGCAUUAAAUGCGGGUCAUUUUUGGAUUAAACACUAUAAAUGUUUCACAAACUUUACCUUGUGCAUCACAUCUGGACAGAUUACAAAAUGGUUCGUAAUAGUGAGUGAAGCAGAACCCUCUUUAUCUCAUUAAUCAUAUUAGGUAGAUCGUUUGUGUUCUGUAUUAUUACAUUGUUUUGAUUUAAGGUUGACUGUAAAAUAACUAAUGGAUUAAAGGGAAUAGUUCACAUUAAAAGGAUGUAAAUAAUAUUGACUUUAACAAUGAUAAUUUGUUCUGAAAUGCAUAUUCAAAUUUUGUAUGAAUUCUAUGCAAUUUUCUGGCAUGAUGUUUCUUCCACUUGUAAUUUUAUGUGCAUUCAUCAGUUCUAAUAGAGAAAUAAAAAUUCUUUAAACAUGA